AUGCCGGCCUUUUCUCGACUUGUGCGAUUCCUCGCCAAAAACGGCAAGACCUACUACGGCGACGCCAUCCUGCCUGAGGGCAUAACAGACCUGGCCAAGACGAAGCAAGCCCGCGUCAUCAAGGGGGACAUCUAUGGCAAACACGAGGUGACCGACCAGGUGGCGGACGUCCGGCUCCUCUUGGCGCCCCUUGCGUUGGAGGAUGUCAGGAAUGUCCGGUGCUUGGGCCUCAACUACGCACUGCACGCAAAAGAGGCUAACUUGCCAUUGCCGAAAUACCCCGUUUUGUUCUUCAAGCCAGUAACCGCUCUAUCGGGCCCAACGGACCCCAUCCCCGUGCACCCGAUAGCGCAGGAGGCGGAGGGGCUCGACUACGAGUGCGAGCUCAUCGUCGUGAUCGGGAAGGAGGCGCGGGACGUGCCGGAGUCCGCCGCGCUCGACUACGUGCUGGGCUACGCCAUCGGCAAUGACGUCUCGCACCGCGACUGGCAGGUAGCCCGCGGUGGCGGCCAGUGGUCGCUGGGCAAGGGUUUUGACGGCUGGGCUCCGUUCGGACCGGGAAUUGUGACGGGCAAUGUGAUUAAGGACCCCCAGGGACUUAAGAUUAGCACGAGGUUGAACGGAAAGACUGUACAGGAGAGCAACACGGCGGACCAAAUCUUCAACGUGAAGCAAACGAUCGCCUUCCUAAGCAGGGGCCACACGCUGCUACCCGGAGACCUGAUCUGGACGGGAACCCCGUCGGGCGUGGGCAUGGGACGCAAGCCGCAGCUCUGGAUGAAGGACGGCGAUGUGGUGGAGGUGGAGUUGGAGAAUGUGGGGAUCUGCACGAAUAAGGUCGAGUUCGCCAAGGAUGAUACUGCUAGGUUGUAA